AUGGCUGGUAGCCAACCAGACGACAAAGCGGCAGACUUGCAAUGCGCGCCAAAGCCUAGAACAUAUUUGUCUACAGCUGUACUGCUGGUUGAACCACCGAGUGAAGAUGUCGUGGCCGAUGAAGAGGGCAGCCCAAGCUCCAGCCCCAGCCCUAUUCAUAAUGUUGUCACCACACUACCACCAGAAGAGCAAGUCCCACCUCCGUACUCGAUAUAUUCUACUUGGGAGAAGCGCUGGAUUGUCCUUGGGGCAUCGCUGGGAGCAUUCAUCUCGCCACUGACAGGCCAAAUAUACCUUCCGGCACUGAACAAGAUUGAAACCGAUUUCCACAUCACGGCCUCCAAGGUCAACCUGACGGUCACAACCUACAUGAUAUUCCAGGGAAUCACGCCCAUGUUCGUGGGUGGCCUAGCAGACGGUGCCGGGCGCCGGCCCGCCUACGCCAUAUGUUUUGUCGUGUACAUUGGCGCCAACAUCGGUCUCGCGCUCUGCCGCAAUUAUGCUUCGCUGCUAGUUGUGCGUUGCGUCCAGUCAGCCGGGUCGAGCAGCACAGUAGCCCUGUGUCAAGCUGUCGUGGCGGACAUUGUCAGCAGUGCCGAGCGCGGGCAGUAUAUCGGUAUCACUAUCAUUCCAAUCGUGUUCGCCCCCAGCUUGGGUCCGGUGCUGGGAGGCUUGCUAUCACAGUACCUCGGCUGGCGCUCCAUAUUCUGGUUCCUCACUAUCGUCGGUGCUGUUCUCUUCGUCGGGUUGAUGCUCUUCUUGCCCGAAACCUGCCGCAAGAUUGUCGGCGACGGUUCGGUUCGUCCGCACCCCAUCCACCGUACGCUCUUUCAACUUAUGCAGGAGCAGCGGCAUAAGCGAGCCCGGAAGAGGCAGCAGAUGGCGGUACACCCGGGUGGUACUGACGCUGCAAGCACGGCCUCGACGCCACCACCGCCACUGAAGAUUCAGGUGCCGAACCUGCUACUAUCGGUGAAGCUGGCUACGCAGAAGGAGAUCGGCCUGCUACUGCUGUACUCUAGCCUGCUUUUUGCCGGCUUCUACGCCAUUGGCACGUCACUGCCGUCGACACUGAAGGAAUACGGGCUCGACGAGGUGGAGAUCGGCCUCUGUUACCUACCGCUGGCUGUCGGCUCCAUCGUGGCAGCCUUUGUGGUCGGCCCGGCAAUCAACCGUGGCUACCAAAAGGAGGCCGCCAAGCUAGGAAGGAAAGUUGACCGGUCGCACCAGGCAGAUCUGUCCGACUUUCCUAUCGAGCGAGCUCGCCUCAAGGUGGGCAUUCCCCUUUACGUGCUUUCGUGCGCGGUUAUGCUGUGUUGGGGUUGGGCGGUCCAGAAACGCGCACAUUUGGCUGUACUGUGCGUACUACUGUUCCUCAAUGGCAUCGGUAUGACCGGCUUCAACAAUGCAGCUAACGCGCUGCUCGUUGACGUGACGCCCGGCCGGGCCGGUGCCGCCGUCGCGGCCAACAACCUAACGCGGUGCCUAGUUGGUGCUGCGGCAACGGCAGUAAUAACUCCUAUGAUAAGCCACAUGGGUGCGGGUUGGGCCUUUUUCUUGAUUGGCAUAAUCUAUGUUGCUGCUAUGCCGGGACUGUUCCUGAUACAGAACAGGGGCAUGAAAUGGAGGCAGCAGUUGCUCAAGGAAGAGGAGCGAAAGACAGCACAAAAUUACGAGAAAAGCUGA